CAGCAACAACAACAACUCACUACUCUCAGUCUCAUUCAGUAUAAUUCACAAGCUAAAGCAACAAAAAUGUCGCUGAUUCCAAGCUUCUUCGGCACUGGGCGAAGGACCAACGUCUUCGACCCCUUCUCCCUCGACGUGUGGGACCCAUUCCAGGACUUCUCCCUCUCCGUUCCACGCUCCGAUUUUGCCAACGAGACAUCGGCGAUUGCCAACACGCGCAUCGACUGGAAGGAGACCCCAGAGGCACACGUUUUCAAAGCUGAUCUUCCUGGGCUUAAGAAGGAGGAGGUGAAGGUGGAGAUUGAGGAAGGAAAGGUGCUACAAAUAAGUGGCCAGAGGACUAAGGAAAUUGAGGACAAGAACGAGAAGUGGCACCGCGUGGAGCGCAGCAGCGGCAGUUUCCUCCGCCGCUUCCGCCUGCCGGAAAAUGCUAAAGUUGAUCAGGUUAAGGCUUCUAUGGAGAACGGAGUGCUCACCGUCACUGUUCCCAAAGAAGAGGUUAAGAAGCUCGAUGUGAAGUCCGUUCAGAUCACGGCCUAGGCUCUCUCUUAAUCGGGUAUCAUAAAAGUGAAAUAAAUGCAUGCAGUUGAGUUCCAAGUGUUGUGUGAGAGAUUCAGAUGUGCGAACUCCCCUGUUGUAAGAGUGUGAUUGUCAUGAUGUCGUGUUACUUAUCGUGUAUGAGUCUUUAGCUUUUAUAAAAGUCUUAAUUUU